AUGCCCGACUACACGCUGUACAGCUAUUUCCGGUCCUCCUGCUCGGCCCGGCUGCGCAUCGUCCUCAAUCUCAAGGACAUCUCGUACGACACUGCCCCCGUCAAUCUCCUCGACGGCGAGCAGCUCUCCGAGUCCCACCGGGCCCUCAAUCCUUCGGCGACGUCCGUCGCGGCCCUCGAGUUCCUCGAAGAGGUCCACCCGGAGACGCCCAUCCUGCCCCCAGCAGGCGACGCCAAAGCCCGCGCCGUCGUGCGGACGCUGGUGAACAUUGUCUCCGCGGACAUGCAGCCGGUGACGAACCUCCGCAUCAUGCGCCGCGUCCGGGCCCUCGGAGGCAACGCCGAGGAGUGGAACAAGGAGCUCAUGACAGAUGGCCUGCGCGCCUACGAGGCCGUCGCCAAGGAUCACGCUGGCAAGUACUCGUUUGGGGACGCCAUUACCAUGGCCGACGCCUGCUUGCUGCCCGCCGCGUGGAACGCGGAGAGGUUUGGCGUCGACCUCAGGGCGUUCCCCGUCGUCUCCAGAGUUGUCGACAGCUUGAACCAGCAUCCGGCAGUGGUCAAGGCGCACUAUUUCAACCAGCCAGACACGCCAGAGAAUCUGCGGACAAAGACUUGA